AUUUCCUCUUUCCAGAACGAGACUUCACAAGGGGAAGGUGUGCCGUCUACCAACUGUUUACAAGUUUCUACUUACUUCUACUCCAGCGAUUUUAGGCCGAGGAGGCAAUGACUUCAUGUCACAGAGACCAGAGUCAUCUGCACAGAGCUCGGUGUCCUUGAAGAGUGACUGGUGAAAAGAUGGCGGCCUUAUUGAAUUCAGAGAUGAAACGCGUCAUCCAAACACAGUAAGGAGAGCCUCUGUCAGGACCUCAUGGAACCCCAUAGAGACAUGGAGGAAACCAAGGACAGUCCCGGGGCAGCAGGUGCUGAAGAACCGACACAUUCGGGAUCUCCACCUAAAGCCAGAGAUCUUGUGUUUGAGGCUCGCAGGGAGCUCAUCAACAGGAUUGGUGAAGCUUCUCUGAAAGCUGUACUGGAUGGCCUUCAGCAGGGGGUCUCUGGCAGGUCUGCGAUAACGAGUCGCCAGAGAAAUGAGGUUUUGCAACAACACCAAGUGACUCAGGACCAGGUGACGUGUCUUGUUGACAUGUUAUGGAAGAAGGGUAAUUCGGCUUGUCAGAGAUUUCUCUCUCUGCUUGGAGAAGUGAAUCCUGAUCUCUGUGAAGACCUCUUUGGCCCUGUGGAUUCAGCUGCAACAACACCCAAACAGGAAGCAGACCAACAGCCAUUGUUAUCGAAGCUGAAAACAUCGAUUGUCUCAAAGUACAAGAGAGUAGAAGAAUAUAAUUCCCUACCAGGACAGGAUGUCUUGCUGACUGAUCGCUACACUCAGCUGUUGAUCAUUGAGAAACACAGACAGCAGGAGGAAAGAGAGAAGGAGAUGCGUACCAGUGGAGCAGGGUUCUUUGGUGCCAGACAGAGGGAAUAUAAAAGUAUUACUGUGGACCAGCUCUUUAAGCCUGAUGGUCGUGGAGAUGUUCCCCAAACAGUAAUUCUCCAGGGCAACUCUGGACAUGGCAAGUCCUUCACCGCUCAGAAGAUCAUGUUGGACUGGGCAUCAGGAAGCCUCUACCAGGAUCGCUUUGAGCUUGUUUUACACCUCGCCUGCAAGGAACUCGACCUGUACAAAGACGAAGAACAGAGUAGUGUCUUAGAUCUUGUGAAUGUUGAAAAGAAAUUUACUCCACUGAUCCAGAAGAAGCUGAAGGAAUCACCAGAGAAGGUGCUUCUCCUUAUUGAUGGAUUUGAUGAACUUCAGGUUCCAGAAAUCCGCAAGUCUUCUGUGAAAGACUCCCCCCCUCCAGCUUAUGUUGAGGCCAUUGUGGGCGCUCUGAGGGGAAGCAUCCUAUCUGAGUGCCACCUGCUGGUCACCACGAGGCCUACUGCUUUAGACAAACUGAACAAGCUCCUCAAAUAUCUGCCCUGUGCAGUGCGCUGCACUGAGAUUAUGGGCUUCUCUGAGGAGGGCGUACGUGAUUACUUCAAGAGGUUCUGUAAAGAUGAGAAGUUCUGGGAGAAGGCACUUGGCAGCGUGAAGAAAAAUGAAACUCUCUACACCUCCUGCUUCAUUCCAGUGAUCUGCUGGAUUGUCUGCAAUGUAUUUAGGGAGCACAUGGUAAAGCACAUAGAAGUAACUAAUGCUUUGGAAACAACUACCUCCAUAUUUGUCCACUUUGUGUACAUUCUUCUGAAGCACCACUGCCAGGGUUUGAAGCAGCCAGUGCCAGAUCUGCUGAGGAGCCUUGGCCAGCUGGCAGAGAGUGGAAUACAGAAGCAGCAGGUUCUGUUUGACAAGAAGAGUGUGGAAGGCACAGUCUCAGAUCCCACUAGUGUUCCCUUCCUGUGUAAAUUCCUGCUGAAGGAGACAGUGGGAACAAAGGAAAUGUUCAGUUUCAUGCAUCUCAGCUUCCAGGAGUUCUUCACUGCACUACACUACACCCAAGACGAAGAGAGGGUAAAAGAGCUGCUUAAUCCAAUUGAGCAACAACAAGGCAGAACCCAUCUCCUACCUGUCAUUCAGUUCCUCUUUGGUCUUGCAAAUGUGAAGGUGGUGCAAGAUCUAAAGGACCUUGAGUUGACCACCAACAUCUGUUUGGAAAAACAUCUGAAAGAGUGGGUGGUUAAACUCAUUGAAAAGAAAGAUGGCAGAAAGAUGCUCUUCACUCUCCACUGUCUGUAUGAGCUCCAUGAUGAGGACUUUGUGAGGGAAGCCAUGGCGGUGUGGGAUGAGGUGAAGUUUGAGUCCAUCCCCCUGACGAGGGCAGACUGCUGGGUGCUGCUGUACUGCCUGCAGUGCUGCCCCACCAUACCCAGCCUGACGCUCUCACGGUGCAACAUCACACCAGAUAAACUGAGAAUGCUGCAGCCUGCACUGAACAAAUGUCAGGAGCUGGGGUGAGUGAAUGGUGGCGUGUGCGUGUGCAGACGCGGAGUGGCCAUCGGGAGAUCGGGGACUUGUCCCAGUGGGCCGUGGCAGUGAAAUGUUAUAUCGCUGCCUUAUUAUGUUUCUCAGCCAGCCCUAAAGAUAAACAUGUCCUAUGACAGGGGCUGACUUACGACUUUCCACUACCUUCUAUUGCAAAUUUGUUGACUUGCCAGUAUAUAUACCGUGUACCAGACGGCAAUACC